AUGCCUAUCGACCGCAGGCCGCCCUCCCCCCCGUUUCCUGCCUCUCACCUCUCACCUCUCACGCUGGAUAUAGCCAUCCAGGCGCGUGUGCUCCAGGAUUACGCCUUCGGUGGUGCCACAACUUGCAAUGUACCCGGAGUCGCCGCUACCGUGCCCAACCUCUCACGACAGAUCUCCCUCUACCUGGCCUCCGCCCCCAGCGCCACAGCUGACGAGAGCUCUGCCAUAGGACUUCCCCCACCGACAGAUACCGUCGCCAACGGCAGCUGCUCGCCGCUGCGUCCAGUGCCGCCGCAGGCAGCGGUAAAUUCCACCGUCUGCCGACCCGCGGGUCGCUUGUACGUCGUGUUCAUCGGCCCCAAUGACUUCUAUUCACUGCCCGACUCACAGCUCGCCGACCCCCUGGUCUUGCAGACGACUGUUGGGAGGGUCCUCUCUUGCAGGGUGGCUGCUCUGGAUCGGCUCAUGGCAGCCCUGACGCCGUCACCAGCUGCACCUGCUGCUGCUGCUUCUGCUGCAGCGGCGACAGCUGCCACCACCAAAACCACCACCACCACCACCAAGCCAAUUUCCACGCCCACAACCACGUCUACCCACGCACAGAAUAACGUUUCCGAAACUAAGGAAACCUCCAAUGGAAGCUCCAGCGGAUCCGGCAGCGCCAGCGUAAACCUCAACUCAUGCAGCGCUCGUGACCGCAUCGUGGAACCUGCCGCAAGGGCCCCGCUGAGGGCGGCAGUGGCGGCCCACAACGCGGCGCUGGAGGCCAGCCUGGCGCCCCUGCGGCUCCGCUACCCCGAUGGUCCCGCCCUGGAGGUGUACGACGUGAAUAGGGCGGUUGCCAUUCAGUUAGCUGUGGCGCCGCUGGUGCUGGAUACGACAACACCGUGCCUACGGAACUUUAGGGACACGUCUGGGACUGUACUGGAACGAGCAAUCCGGGUUGCAACAACUGCACAACGCUCGGACGUGUGUUCCAACCCCAACGAGAAAGUGUGGUACGACGGUAUUCACCCCACCAGCGUGAAUGGGCACCUACAGGCCCUCGCCUUGCCGUUCCUGGUAUCGCAAGGGUGGAUCUAG